AUGGCGGAGUGCAAUGCUUGUGAUGUUCCAAUGCAAGCAAAGCUGAAGUUGAGCAGGGACAGUGAUGGCCCUCGAGUUGAUGCUACAGAGUAUAGAAGCUUGGUGGGAAGUUUGAGGUAUUUGGUGAAUACUCGACCUGAUUUGGCUUUCUCAGUCGGGUAUGUAAGUAGGUUUAUGGAGGAGCCUCAUGAAGAUCAUCUAGCAGUAGUGAAACACAUUCUAAGAUACAUUGCUGGGACUAGAGAUUGGGGGCUCAAGUAUGAGAGGAAGAAAGGUGAUCAACCUGCACUUAUGGGCUUCAGUGACAAUGAUCUUGCUGGAGACAUUGACAGCAGAAAGAGCACUAGUAGUAUCAUCUUUUUCCUUGGUGAAAGCCCCAUCAGUUGGCAGUCAGCAAAACAAAAGGUUGUGGCAUUGUCUAGUUGUGAAGCUGAGUACAUUGCUGCUGCAACAGCUGCCUGUCAGGGUGUAUGGUUAGCACGGCUUUUGGCUGAAAUCUUGAAUUCAGUGGUGAGCAAGCCGGUGCUCAGGGUGGACAACAAGUCCACAAUCUCUCUUGUGAAGAAUCCUGUGCAUCAUGACCGGAGCAAGCAUAUAGACACAAGGUUCCAUCUGAUCCGGGAGUAUGCACACAAUGGGCAGAUGAGGUGA